AAGCAGUGCUGGUAAAUGGCGGAACAAGUAUACACAUAAAAAAUUAAAUUGCAGCACAAGUCCCGCAACGCACACAUAUAUUUAUUUAACGGAGUUCCAAUUAAGCAGGAACAGCAGAAAAGCAGAAUAACAAGCAUAACCGCCAAAUAACAUAAUGAACGGUGGUGGUGGAGGAAGUGGAGGAGCAAAUGUGAGCAAUGGCUCCAGCACCAAUGUAACAGCUGCCGGGAGCACUGGGGGCGGAAGCGCAGGCGACGAGACUGGUGGAGAUGCCAGCUCCAGACGCCAGGCGACUCGGGUGUUUAAGAAGAGCUCCUCCAACGGCAAGAUAACAGUUUACCUUGGCAAACGGGACUUCGUCGACCAUGUCACGCACGUGGAUCCCAUUGACGGUGUUGUCUUCAUUGAUCCAGAGUACGUAAAGGACCGUAAGGUUUUUGGCCAGGUGCUUGCCGCCUUUCGGUACGGACGUGAAGACCUAGAUGUUUUGGGAUUAACGUUCCGUAAGGACCUGUAUCUGGCGCAUGAGCAGAUCUAUCCGCCCAUGCAGCUGGACCGCCCGAUGACCCGGCUUCAGGAAAGGUUAAUUAAAAAGCUGGGGCCGAACGCCCAUCCGUUUUAUUUUGAGGUUCCGCCCUAUUGCCCAGCCUCUGUGUCCUUGCAGCCGGCUCCUGGAGAUGUGGGCAAGUCUUGCGGAGUAGACUACGAGCUGAAGGCCUUUGUGGGUGAGAACGUGGAGGACAAACCCCACAAGCGGAACUCGGUGCGACUAACUAUUCGCAAAGUCAUGUACGCACCAUCCAAAGUCGGUGAGCAGCCAUCGAUCGAAGUAAGCAAGGAGUUUAUGAUGAAGCCAAACAAGAUCCAUUUGGAAGCUACUUUGGACAAGGAGUUAUACCACCACGGCGAAAAAAUAUCGGUCAACGUUCAUGUGGCCAACAACUCAAAUCGGACGGUAAAAAAGAUUAAGGUAUGUGUCCGGCAGUUUGCGGAUAUUUGUCUCUUUUCGACGGCGCAAUAUAAAUCUGUAGUGGCAGAAAUCGAGUCAGAAGACGGAUGUCAAGUGGCUCCGGGAUUUACACUCUCGAAGGUAUUUGAGUUGUGCCCCCUAUUGGCAAAUAAUAAGGAUAAAUGGGGCCUUGCUUUGGACGGGCAGCUAAAGCAUGAGGACACCAAUUUGGCGUCUAGCACUCUCAUUACCAAUCCUGCUCAGCGUGAGAGUCUCGGUAUUAUGGUCCACUAUAAGGUGAAGGUGAAGUUGCUGAUUAGCUCGCCACUUCUAAAUGGUGACCUCGUAGCUGAGCUGCCAUUCACACUAAUGCACCCUAAGCCCGAGGAGGAAGAGCAUCCACUGUUAGGGGAGCGAUCGCCACGGGCUAGUUUAGCAGGCGGGGGUCUGCCGUUAGUGAGCAUGAGUGACGGAGAAACUGAAUCGGCUACUGGCGGGCAGGAUGUGCCAACGACAACAAAUCUCAUUCAGCUGGACGACGACGAGGCACAAGAUGACGACAUAAUUUUUGAGGACUUUGCCCGUCUGCGUCUAAAAGGCGCUGAAACAGAGGCCUAGAUGAAAAAGGAAUAGAUCGAACUAUUAAUUCAUAUGAAGAAAAUACUACUAUUAUUUUCGGCAUUUGUAUAAUAUAAAAAGUAUGAGAAAAUUGGGCAACCUCUAAAUGUAAAGUUUUAUACCAAUAGCCAUGGUAAACAGUUGGAUUUAAGCUAUUUUAUAUGUGUAGGCCAUAUAUUGUAGUAUCUAUAGGGUUUAAGCUGAAAGUGUACGAAUUUUAAAAUGUGAAAUUGAUAAACCAGUCAACACACCAGAUCUACACAAAAUGCCCACGCAUAAGUUAACUACACGAGCGAAGUAUUUCGGCCACACCUGUAAAAGUUGAAAGAAUUCACAAAAUUUGAUAUGUAAAUGUUGUAUAAUAUUUUUUAUUAAAUGCCCUCUCCCAUUAUAAAAACGCAUAAAACAAAAAUUCAUUUACAAAUUCUAAUGAUCUUUUUAUUAUGCCUCUUCUUUUUGGGACAUUGUUAUUGCUUUGCAAUGCAUUGAUAAUUUGUUCGCAACUAAUUUAAAAUAAGUUUUUUGAGUAGAGUACGUUACUAAAAAUGUUUCUAGAUUUCUUUUCUGCAAUUAAAAAGAAAUGUUUUAGGAUGGCUUGAGGUUUGGAUGUUGUUUUAUAAAUAUUCUUCCAAUAUUUCAAAAAUAAUUUGUUUUCAAAAUUUAUUACUAAAAAAUAAUAAUAUUAGAAAUAUCCAUACCCAUACCUUGAAACAAUGAUUUGUUAUUUGUCAUUAAAGUCGUGCAUGCAAAAAAACUAUUCUUGAAAAAGCUUUAAAAUAGUUUUUAAAUUUAAUUUUAGCACAAAUUUAAUUUAAUUUAAGACGGCAUUCUUGAUUCAUUACAAACUUUGUAACCCUAGAAGCGAGUCCGACCCUAUAAGGUACAUUUAUUAUUUGUUAGGAUACCCAACCAAGUCGAUCUGACCAUUUCCGUCUGUCUGUAUAAACGCUGUCAUGGCCAUUUGUUACAGAAGAUUGCCAUGACUACUCACACGUAGACAGUUUUUUAAAAGGUUUGAAAUUUCUUUAUAGCUCUAUCACUAGUUUGGGAACGAGAAAAUGAUACUCUGGUAUAUCAACUAUACCGUUCUCUCUUGUAAUUGAAAGUGUAAUGGCGAAAUGUGGUCUUAGACCCAGUUAAGCCACUUUUAAUUUUCUCCACAAAAAAUUAAAACAAAUAAUUUAAACGACAACAAAGCAAUUAACUAAUGGUGGAUUUGGAUUAAAAACUCCAGCUCUUUGCUGAUAAAACCGCUUUGGCUAAAGCUUACAUGAAGUGGACCUUCACAGGCGGAAAUAGCUAACAUAGACAAUUUUCAAACACCUUUGGGAAAUACCUUUCGUGUGGGAAAUUUUUACGUUGAACACCAAUUUCUUUCUUACUUUAAUUAACAAUGUCCGAAUCGAAAUUCGCCAACGAAAAAUACUACACGAGUAAUGCAUUCGUAAAACUUAUUUAGAGAUACAAAUUAAAAACGUGAUCAGAACAUUUCCAAAUGUAAACCAAACAAGAGAUGACGAAAUAUGAUUUCUUUUAUAAAGCACUUUAAAAAUACGAAUGAUUGAAAUUGGGGCUUUUAAAUUGCGAACUUGAGCUGAAAUUAAAUUUUAUUGCUUUAGGAAAUGCUAAUACUGUCAAAAUUUAAAACAUUUUAAUAAUUUUAUUUUUUUAUAGGACGUGUAAAUGUGAAAUUAGUAUUAGCUUGAUGUAUAGGUUCGUACUUUUAUUUUUAAAGUGAACAAUAUUGGAGAAAUUAUGAAUAAUAAUAAAUUAAUAUUAAGCGCAUCACAAACUUGUUAAAUGUAUACAAAUAUAAUACAACAAAUUCAAAAAUGUUGGAGCAAUUAAUAUUAAAAGGCAUAAAUUGAAAUGAGAACAGCAGAGGUGUGUGAGUAUUAUAAAUUUAUAAAGAAAAAAUUAGGGCAUAACUUCAAGUGUGAAGCAUUUAAAAAGCAAAUAAUAUAUGUAAGCUUGUGCCCCAAACCGAAUGAGCACUUGAAGAGUUGUAAUGAUCUUUUCUGCAGUUGAACCACCUGAACAAAUACAUUUUAGAACGAGCACAACAACUUUUUAACACAAAUCGUUGAUUUUUUAAAAGAGUCGUCUUGCUUUAGUCAUAGUAGAAUUAUUAUCAAAUGAUUUACCAAACUAUUUAAGAAUUAAAAAUAACAAUUUACAGUUAGUUUCCAAUAAAGAUAAUAAAUCAAAGCAGAUAUUGCAGAAAUCGCAGAAACUAUCGGUCUAGCGAUAUUAUCGUGUUCAACGGGUCCAACUGCAAUAUGAGCAACAUCACUUUUGUACUGUGAGUUACAUGUUCUUAUUUGUUAAAAUGGUGUGAUUUUUAAGAAGCUAAGAUAACUUUUAAGAUAAGUUGUAAUGGUUUUGAUAAUACCUUUUAAAAAAUAGCAUAUAUAUGUAUAUGUGUUGCAAUUUAAGUGGAUGAAACCUUUCAUAGCCUGCACAAUAAAUAGAAUAUAUAUAUAUAUAUAUGGGUAGCGGGUUAAGGUGAUAAAACCUUUUAAAGCUGGCGCAAGAAAUAUUAAAAAUAUGUCACUUUUAUUUUCUAAAAAACGUUUUGGUCUGGAUAUGCGUUGUAUUCAAUUUGAUAAAUAUUUGGUUUAUUGUGUGUAUACAACUAGGCGACUAAAUAUUUGCCACCGUAGCCAACGCAUCAAGCGAGCGAACCAAACAGAAUAUGAAAUACAAUACCUACCUACUCAUGACUAAUGUAUAAAAAAUAUAAACGAAAGUGAAAGAUUGAAUGUUGUAUGUUUAGUGUUGAAAAAAGGAUGCAAAGAAAUAUGGAGAAAGAACAUUUUUGACUGACACGUUGGAGCUCCAUAAGAGAGGAAAAAAGAGUGGACUUUUGGAAAAGACUAUGUUUGAAAAGCUUUAAUAUUGUAUAAUUAACAAUGCAUUGUAUAUACCACAAUAAUACAUGGUAGCCGAAAUCCUUAUAAAAACUUUAAUUUUUAUUUUAGAAAAUAAUAUCAAUAUAAAUUCUCAUGCCAUGAUAAUCCCUACCCUCCAACGUGUCCAUCAAAUAAUUAACAUUUUACAUACGAGCCUUAUGCGAACGAAACCAUAAAUAACUAAUGCAUUUGCAUUGAAAUUGCCAACGUAUUUUAAAAUUCCAAAUAUCAUUACUAUACCCGUUACUCGUAAAGUCAAUGGUCCUACCAGAUUUGUUUGACCCUUAAGUCCUGUCUGUCUGUUAAAAGUUAACUUUAGGAGCUACAGAUUUGGGGCUUACAUGUGGAUUCUAGUAACGCCUAAGCAAAUUUUAACCGUUAUCCGUGCCGACUCUUAAGCCUAAAAUUCCUACCAGGUUUUUUAUGAUUUAAUAGUUUUAUAAAUAUUUUCGGCUUAAUUGCCUUAACCUUAUUUAAAAAGUUAUAGGGCCAUACCAUUUACGGUUUAAGUUGUCCAUGACUUCAGUGUCUAGUAUACAAUUACACUAUACACUAUAAGGUAUGUAAAAGAAAGUACAGUAACGGGUAUCUGAUAGUUGAUGAUUUAGCGAUUCUUUUUAAUUUUUAUAUAUUUGUCAGUAUUGUUGCACCUCUUAGGUAGUAAUUAAUGAUUGCAUUUUUAAUGCACGCAUUGGAACGAGAUAAUUGCAAGUUUUCUGAAAAAGAGUAAAUAAUAUUUCUGUAUAAUGUUAAUGUGAAUUAUUGAAUAAAUUUGCAAUAAUAAAAUCGACAAAAAUUUCAU